AUGGCUUCACCAUCAUCAAUAUUAUUAAAUAAUCUUCGACAAUUAAUGAAAUCGAAACAAUAUUUUAAUGAUAUUAUUCAUGCUUAUAUUAUUCCAACAACUGAUCCACAUAGAAAUGAAUAUGUUGCUGAUCGAUUUAAACGAAGAGAAUUUAUUUCACAAUUUACUGGAUCGAAUGGUACAGCUGUGAUAACAGAUAAAGAAGCUCUUUUAUGGACAGAUGGUCGUUAUUUUCUUCAAGCUGAAAAUGAAUUAGAUUCAACAUGUUGGAAAUUAAUGCGAGAUGGAACAAAAGAUGUUCUUUCGAUUACAAAGUGGCUUUCAAGAAAUUUAGAAAAAAAUUCUUUUAUUGGUUGUGAUCCUCAAUUAAUUUCAAUAAAUGAAUGGCAAGAAUGGGAAAAAACAUUUGAACAAUCCGAUAAACAACUUGUACCAAUUCAUACUAAUUUAAUUGAUAUUUUAUGGGAUAAACAAAGACCAGAAUUACCCAAUAAUCCCAUUUGGAAACAUGAACUUGAAUUUGCUGGUGCUUCAAUUAGUGAAAAAUUAUCAAAAGUUCGUUCAAAAAUGAGUGAAUAUCAAGUUAAUCAUUUAAUUGUACAUAGAACAGAUGAUGUUGCUUGGUUAUUCAAUUUACGUGGUGCUGAUAUUCCAUGUAAUCCUGUUUUUCUUUCAUUUAGUAUUGUUUCAUUUGAUUCGAUAAAAUUAUUUGUUGAUUUAAAUAAAUUAUCUGAUACAUUAAAGAAAGAUCUUGAAAAUGAAAAUAUAUCAAUUUAUUCUUAUGAUUCAUUUUAUGAACAAUUAAAAAAACAUGUUCAUUCUCAACAAUCAUCCGAUAAAUUUUGUACUUCAUCAUCAUGUAAUCAUGCUGUUGAAACAAUUAUACCAAAGAAACAAUUAGUUCUACAAGAUGAUAUUGUUUAUGAAUUAAAAGCUGUUAAAAAUGAUUGUGAAAUUCAAGGAAUGAAACAAGCUCAUAUAAAAGAUGGUGUUGCUCUUUGUUCAUAUCUUCAUUGGCUUGAAGAAAAUAUUGGAAAAAUCGAUGAUUUAAGUGAAUGUUCAGGUGCAGAAAGAUUAAGAUCAUUUAGAUGUGAACAACAAAAUUAUCUUUAUGAUAGUUUUGAAACAAUAUCUUCAACAGGAAAAAAUGGUGCUAUUAUUCAUUACAAACCAACGAAAGAAUCUGAUACAAAAAUAAGUGCAAAUGAAUUAUAUUUAGUUGAUUCUGGUGGACAAUAUAAAGAAGGGACAACAGAUGUAACACGAACAGUUCAUUUGGGUGAACCAACAAAUUAUGAAAAAGAAUGUUUUACUCGAGUAUUAAAAGGUUUUAUAUCAUUAGCAUCAUGUUUAUUUCCACCAAAUACAAUUGGUGCUCGAUUGGAUUCAUUUGCACGUCGUGCAUUGUGGGAUGUUGGUUUAGAUUAUCAACAUGGAACAGGACAUGGUGUUGGUUGUUGUCUUAAUGUUCAUGAAGGUCCACAAUCAAUUGGUACUCGAAUUCGUUCGGAUAAUUAUUUAGUUCCAGGAAUGGUUCUUAGUGAUGAACCAGGAUUUUAUUCGAAUAAUAAAUUUGGUAUUCGUAUAGAAAAUUGUGUUGUUGUCGUUAAAAAAGCUUCGAAAUAUGGAUAUUAUAAUGAAGAUUGGUUAACAUUUGAACAAUUAACAAUGGCUCCUAUUCAACAAAAACUAAUUGAUCGUUCAAUAUUAACUAAUGAUGAAAUUGAUUAUAUAAAUAAAUAUCAUGAAAAAGUUUAUGAAACUUUAAGUGUUGAAAUGAAAAAACAAGGUGUUCAACCAAGUUUAUUAAAAUGGCUUGAAAUCAAUACAAAACCUCUUUAA